UAGGAAAAGAAAUGGCCACAAAGCAAAGCAAGCAGGAUAUUAUCCCUUUCUUGCUCUCCAAUUCCAUCAAUGGCUACACUUCCUCAUCCUCCAUUGCCAUCUUUCUGCUCCUCAAUAACCUCCAUUAACUUCAACCCCACACAACACAUCUCCAUUUCAGACCCUCACAAGACCCUUUUGUCUGCUGUUUCUUCUUACUCCAAACUCCAUUUAAUCCACCCACAAAAACUCAAUCUUGAUCCCAUUUUGUUAUACUCAAGUGGCUUCAAACCCCCUCUUGAUACUCAAACAUUUCUUGCUACAAUUAGUGUUUUGGUUGCUAUUUCUCUAUCUCUGUUUCUUGGUCUCAAGGGGGAUCCUGUUCCUUGUGAGAAAUGUGCUGGAAAUGGUGGCACCAAGUGUGUUUUCUGUAACGAUGGGAGGAUGAAAAUGGAAACGGGUUCGGUUGAGUGUAAAGUAUGCAAGGGUGCAGGAUUGAUACUCUGCAAGAAGUGUGCAGGCUCCGGAUAUUCAAAACGCUUAUGAGUUAGCUUCGGAUUUUACACAUUUUUUCCAGCUAAACACGUUGUCAAACAUAUACGAAAGUCUCCAUCAUUUCUCUUAUUAUAUGCAUCUUAUUUAGCGUAUUAGAAUUCAAUACGAAACUACUGGAGAUCUGAAAACCGUUUUGAGUCGUCACCUUGUAUAACUUUUGUAAUUAUAUAAUUUCUUUCGAGUUUUGAGGGACUUUAACA